AUGGGGUAUAUUAACAGUACUCCUACACCCAAACCAAGCAUAGGGUAUAUUGACAGUAUUCCUACACUCAAACCAAGCAUGGGGUAUAUCGACAGUACUCCUACACCCAAACCAAACGUGGGGUAUAUCAACAGUAUUCCUACACCCAAACCAAGCAUAGGGUAUAUCAACAGUAUUCCAACACCCAAACCAAGCAUGGCGUCUAUCGACAGUACACCUACAUCCAAACCAAGCAUGGUGUCUAUCGACAGUACUCCUACACCCAAACCAAGCAUAGGGUAUAUUGACAGUAUUCCUACACCCAAACCAAGCAUGGGGUAUAUCGACAGUACUCCUACACCCAAACCAAGCAUGGGGUAUAUCAACAGUAUUCCUACACCCAAACCAAGCAUAGGGUAUAUCGACAGUAUUCCAACACCCAAACCAAGCAUGACAGUACACCUACACCCAAACCAAGCAUGGUGUCUAUCGACAGUACACCUACACCCAAACCAAGCAUGACGUCUAUCGACAGUACACCUAAACCCAAACCAAGCAUAGGGUAUAUUGACAGAAUUCCUACACCCAAAACAAGCAUGGGGUAUAUCAACAGUAUUCCUACACCCAUACCAAGCAUGGGGUAUUCUGACAGUACUCCUACACCCAAACCAAGCAUAGGGUAUUCUGACAGUACUCCUACACCCAUACCAAGCAUGGGGUAUAUCAACAGUAUUCCUACACCCAUACCAAGCAUGGGGUAUUCUGACAGUACUCCUACACCCAUACCAAGCAUGGGGUAUAUCGACAGUAUUCCUACACCCAAACCAGGCAUAGGGUAUAUUGACAGAAUUCCUACACCCAAAACAAGCAUGGGGUAUUCUGACAGUACUCCUACACCCAAACCAAGCAUAGGGUAUAUCGACAGUAUUCCUACACCCAAACCAAGCAUAGGGUAUAUUGACAGAAUUAUUGACAGGUAUAUCGACAGUAUUCCUACACCCAAACCAGGCAUAGGGUAUAUUGACAGAAUUCCUACACCCAAAACAAGCAUGGGGUAUUCUGACAGUAUAGGGUAUAUCGACAGUAUUCCUACACCCAAACCAAGCAUAGGGUAUAUUGACAGAAUUCCUACACCAAAAACAAUCAUGGGGUAUAUCAACAGUAUUCCUACACCCAUACCAAGCAUGGGGUAUUCUGACAGUACUCCUACACCCAAACCAAGCAUAGGGUAUAUCAACAGUAUUCCUACAACCAAACGAAAUAUGGGGUAUAUCGACAGUAUUCCUACAAACAAACCAAGCAUGGGGUAUAUUGACAGUACUCAUACACCCAAACCAAGCAUGUGGUAUAUCAAUAGUACUCCUACACCCAUACCAAGCAUGGGGUAUUCUGACAGUACACCUACACCCAAACCAAGCAGGGGGUAUAUCAACAGUAUUCCUACACCCAAACCAAGCAUAGGGUUUAUCGACAGUAUUCCAACAUCCAAACCAAGCAUGGUGUCUAUCGACAGUACACCUACACCCAAACCAAGCAUGGCGUCUAUCGACAGUACACCUAAACCCAAACCAAGCAUAGGGUAUAUUGACAGAAUUCCUACACUCAAACCAAGCAUUGGGUAUAUCAACAGUAUUCCUACACCCAAACCAAGCAUGGGGUAUAUUGACAGUAUUCCUACACCCAAACCAAGCAUAGGGUAUAUCAACAGUAUUCCUACACCCAAACCAAGCAUGGGGUAUAUUGACAGUAUUCCUACACCCAAACCAAGCAUAGGGUAUAUCAACAGUAUGCUACACCCAAACCAAGCAUGGGGUAUAUUGACAGUACUCCUACACCCAAACCAAGCAUAG